UUUGUGACCAACUAAAUAAAUGCUCCAUUCCUUCAUCACCGCCUCAGCAUCACCCUCACAACAAACUUGAACAUGCCUGCACUCUCUGCGUCUGAUGUUUGUCAAGAACUCGAUUCAUUGGUCCUGCAAUACAUGGAUCUCAUUGACGAGCACCUUACUGCAUUGAAUCGCCUCUCGGAAAAGUUACAACAGGGUCAUGAGCAUAUUUCACAGGCAAAGUACAUCAUGGGUCCAAGGAAUGUGUCUGCUGACUGCUAUGAUCUUCGGAUGAAGGCAAUUCGUGGUGUUAAAGUAAAAGGAUCAACGGACAUUGAGCUACAGGACUUGUGGGCAGAACAACAGCAGGCUGCCAAACAGGCUGAAGAAGCAGGGGACGAAGCAUUAAGAGGCGAACAACAGGCCAAUGAAGUUGAGAUCAAGGCAACGAUUCCUGAUUUAAUUGGAUUUCAAACCCGGGAUGUCCCUUCAGGUUUACGACGACGAGGUGGAGCAGCAAUAGUACCAUCAUCGUCUGGAUCUGCAUCAAUCAACGAUGAUGAUAAUAACACACUUGUAGACGAUGACAAGUACGUCAAAAGUAAAAUCAUUGACACAGGCGAUAAAUCCGUUACGUCGUCGUCUGUUGAGACUUUGGACGAUACAGUCAUAAAUGGGCCAGCGGUAGCAUCAACAACAACAGAGGAUACAGAAGCAUUGAAGAAAAAGAAGAAAAAGAAGGAGCGUAAUCCAAAUCCAUUGUUGUGGUUUGGUGCACUUGCGCCUAUGCCGCUGCGAAAUGCUCAGAGUGCUUUUCAAAAGGGGUUGCAGGACGUAAUCGAGAUGGUUGUAAUCCGUCAAAAGUUGCUCAAACUAGAGGAAACCAUUAAGGCUCUACAGCUUUCAAAGGAGUCACAUCUAGCAAAGACUCGACAGCUAGAAAAGUCGAGACAGCCGGGACAGCCGGGACAGCCGGAACAGCCAGAACAGCUGAAACAGCCAGAACAACAGGAGUAAAGAGCAAUAACAGCAAUAGUAAUAGCAAGUUAGCGGGU